AUGGCCUCAGCUACUAAAGAAAUUGCCGCCGACAUGUCGCCCUUCUUCCGCCUAUUCACCGACGGCACAAUCGAGAGGCUCUCUCCGCUGCUGGACAUCCCUCCCUCUGACCACCCUGACGCCUCCGUCCGCUCCAAAGACGUCCUCACCGACACCGGCGUCUCCGUCCGCAUCUUCGCGCCGCGCCACCAAUCCCCGCCGCAGAAGCUCCCUCUCGUCGUGUACAUACACGGCGGCGCCUUCUGCAUCGGCUCCCCCAGCAGUCCCCCCUUCCACAAUUUCAUAUCCAAACUAGUCGAGAAGGGCAAUUUGAUCGCGGUCUCCGUCGACUACCGAUUGGCUCCCGAAAACCCCCUCCCCAUCCCAUUCGACGACUCCUGGACCGCGUUCCAGUGGAUCGCUUCUCACGCCGACGGAUCCGGCGCCGAUCCUUGGCUGAACGACCUCGCCGACUUCCGCCGCGUGUUCGUCGGCGGGGAGAGCGCGGGGGCGACGAUCGCGAACGACGUGGCGAUUCGCGCCGGAGUGAGGCGAUUCCGCGGAUUGGAGGUUUUGGGGGUUUUCUUAGUUCACCCUUUCUUCGGUAACAACGAGGUGGACAAGGUGUAUAAAGUCCUGUGCCCUGCGAGCAGCGCCCGCGACGACGAUCCCCGACUCAAUCCUGCGAUCGAUCCGCGGAUCGGGGAGAUGGCGGGGCGGCGCGUGAUGUUCUUCGUUGCGGAGAAGGAUCCGCUGAGGGAUAGGGGAAGGGCUUACUACCAAGGGUUGAAGAAGAGCAAGUGGAGCGGAGAGGUAGAGAUUAUGGAGACGGAAGGAGAAGGGCAUUGCUUUCAUUUUUAUAAUCCGAACACUGAUAAAGCUGCCGCCAUAACCGACCGAUUACUUGCUUUCUUCGUUGCCGCCUAA